CUUUUUCGGGACUGUUGGGGCAGAAGUAUGGAAUUCGUCCUGUAGCAAUGGCCGGGGCUCUGAUUGCCACUAUUGGAAUAUCAUCUUGUUACUUCACUACUUCUCUGAGGAUAAUCACUCUUCUCUUCGGAGUUGUUUUCGGUAUAGGUUAUGGCCUUAUCAGUACCCUUAUGCCCGUCAUAGUGAACUUUUAUUUUCUGAAUCUUAGAGCAACUGCGAAUGGAAUAGCCAAUUCAGGCUCCUGCUUCGGAUCUCUCAUCUUGCCUCCCCUUUUUGAACUUCUUAUCUCAACUUACGGUCUUUCUGGCUGUUUCCUUCUAACUGGUGGGAUGGUCCUACAUAUUGCUAUUGCAAGUGCACUACUCAGACCGCCACCAUGGCUGGAAAGAAGUAGAAAGGAGACCAGAUCUUUUCAGAUUGCCUCUUUCUACCGAAAAGAAGCUAUGAAUCGAGAUGUUUCUUGUCAACAAAUGCGAGACGUUCCAGCAUAUAACAGCCAUUCAGAUAUAAUACGGACACCGACAAGUGUGGAAAAUGGAACUAGGAGUCACGAAAAGAACAAUUUAUUUAGUUAUUCCCUUAACGCUAAGAUUUCUUCAGGCGCACAGUAUGAAGCACAGCUUAAUCAGACAGAUCCAGAUGAUAUUCUUGAACCAAAAUCAGCAGAAUGUGAUGUAUCAGAGAGCCUACAUAAUGAGCAUCAUAAUUCAUUAGAAAACAUACCCUACAACCAAGCCGUCAGAACAAAUAAUAUGUCUGAAUGCAGAAAUAAGGAAUUCAUACCAACAAAAGACAUGUCAUUGUUUCAAAAUUUGACUACAAAAUGCGAAUUUGAUGAAACUAAGCCAUUAAAUCAAAAUAUGGAAGCAUUAAUUUAUCCUAAUGAAAGGAAAGCUGUAUUACGAAAAAGCUUGAGUCGGAAAGAUAAAACUGUAAAUUGUUCAAAGUUGCCUUCUUUAGAUUCUGACAGCAAUGGACAUCAAUAUAAUACAUCAGAUAUUCGGCAUGUGGAAAUCCCUAUGACGGAUUCUAAGUACGAAUGUUUGGAAGAAACUGAACGUGUAGAGUUUCUUUAUAAUGCUCGUGCGAACUGCCAUAUAAAAUCGUCCUUCACUGUUUUAGACUCUUUCAUCGCCAUCCUCACCUGUCCAAUGUUCUAUGUUACUGCAGUGACAAAUGUGAGUUUUUACUUUCUGUACCAUAUGUAUGUCGUUAUUAUAGUCGAUUACGCUCUGGAUAGAAGUGUGCCGGAGGACAAUACUAAGUACAUAAUUUUUGCUUUUUCUAUAUCUGACUUAUUUGGCCGUUUAUGUUUAGGUUGGAUAACCGAUCGACAAUUUCUUAGAAGAUCGCACUUUGUGAUGGGAUGCAUGGCCAUUAUCGGACUAGUGUUCUUUUGCUUCCCUUUCGCCAACUCAUAUUGGUCGCUUAUUGCCGCAAGUUGCUGCUAUGGACUCCUUCUCGGCACCACGAUGGUUGUCUUUCCCAUACUUCUUGUAGAUUUCCUGGGAACCGAAUUACACGCAGUCGCCUACGGAUGCAUGUGCUUCAUGAAUGGAAUAACCUCUUUUGCAAGACCUUUUUUGAUUGGUUACUUUCGCGAUACUCUUGGAUCGUACAGCAAUAUGUUCUUCGUGUUGGGAAUCAUAUCAGUGACUGCAUCUUCACUCUGGCUUCUAGAAAAGUGCUUCAUUCGCCAAAAUGACAGCAAAGAGGGCCCAUCUGAGUUAGUUGUCACUAUGGCAACGAAAGUAACUGACAGCGGCUGGAGUUGGGUGAUUGCCGGCGCUUGUUGUUGGGUGACCUUUGUAAUACAGGGAUUGGUACGAUGUAGUGGGGUCGUCUAUGUGGCCCUCAUCGAUGCCUAUGGGGUGAACAGGGCCCAGGCCUCUUGGCCUUUUACAUUACGGAUGGCCAUUUGGAAUCUCAGCGGUCCCAUUGCUGGUGCUCUUAGCUACAGAUGGAGUAUUCGUACGAUCACCAUGAUGGGAGUUUUGCUAGUCACUCUGACAAACAUGUGUUGCUGGUUCGCUUCAGAUAUCUAUAUGGUCACUCUCUUUUUAGGAGGUUUGCAAGGUGUCGGAGUCGGUUUGGCUGUUACCUUAGUUCCAGUCAUCAUCAACCAGUACUUCGUGCAAUACAAGAGCACCGGCGCUGGCAUAGCUUGCGCUGGUGCCACAGCGGGAUCCUUUGCAUUGCCUCCCAUAGUCGAGUUAGCUGUUGAAGAAUUUGGACUAAGGGGUGCGUUCUUAAUGAUGGCAGGUAUCACACUUCAUGGUGUUCUAGGUGGUGCCUUGAUGCGACCUGCAGCCUGGCUGACGACGAUUGGACGAAAAAAUAGCAAGAGACCUGCUUUAGAAAACAAAUGCGGAGAUCAAAAUUUAAACUUCUUGACUUCAAAAAAUACGAAUAUCUUGGGAAUGGAAGAAGUCAAAAGUCUUCUUGGUGGUGCUAAAGAUGGUAAAGCCUCUGUUAAUGGAAUCCAUGUCUCAGAAGAAAGUAAUAAAAGUAUAGAAAACGGAACUGUAACGCACGGUCUUCUUGUCGCAGCACAUUCCAGUCAGAGAGAUGAACUUACUUCUGUGUGCGUACCGGAUGAACAUUUAAUUUCACCUAAUGGAGACCUGGACACGGAUGAUGAAGCGGUGGCUUUUAUUUCGAGCAAUAAGCAUGCUGUGGUAUUGCAGUCAUCAUCAUCAUCAUCUAAUGCCCAAAAGUAUGGUAAACUCCAAUUCCUUGAAUCAGAGUAUGACCCUCACAUUAACAUUCAGCAAGUUCAUGGACCUUCAAAAAAGAAUAUUGCAUCGGAGCGACAUCCGGAUCUUCAUUUGACAGCCAGUGAAUCUGAAAAAAAGCAAAAACUUAAGAGGAAAUUUCGUAGCUUGACCGAACCGCUUAGAGCUGCUGGUGAAAUCUUGAAGAAUCCGAUGUUCCUAAUCAUCGCAACCAACUACUGCAUUUUCUUUUUAUCUUAUAUGACUUACUUAAUUGUGAUAGUGGACUAUUCGCUGGAUUUGGGCGUAGACAGGACAGAUUCAGUUUUCCUAGUGUCCACUUUCUCAAUAGCAGAUCUCUGUGGACGUUUAGGAUCUGGGUGGAUCACAGAUAGCGGUAUUCUGAAAAGGAAGCAUCUCAUGAUGGGAAACAUGUUAGCCGUAGGUGGUCUUCUGAUAACAACUUCGUUCACAACCUCCUAUGCAGCAGUGACGGCAGUAUCUGCAGUCACUGGCUUACUAGUAGGCAUAAACUUAAUUAUCUUCUACGCUAUUCUGGAAGAGUAUUUGGGGCUGAAGCAACUACCAAUGGCCAUUGGACUCAUGAAUUUCUCCAUUGGUGUUGUGUCCUUGAUCACACCUGUCCUAACAGGUUAUUUCCGCGACACCAUGGGCAGUUACGAUCAUCUGUUCCACUUUUUGGGAAGUGCAGCUGUCUUGUGUGGUCUCUUAUGGUUUUUAGAACCCAUCUACCGCACCUGCAAGAAACAUUCGAAUACUGAAGAGCAAGAACCAUCUUAAUCAAAAACACAGUUUUAUUGAAUUCCACUGUAUUGACGAAUAUCUGCAUUUAAUUUCAAUGAUGCAGUCAUCUAAUGAGACGUGCCUGCAGCUAAUAAAAUAAUUAACAUCCUUCUAAACUAUUGGCAAGGGUAAAGUGAAAAUCCGAGCCCCAAAGUGCAUUUUAUAGUGCAUCAUUUAUUUAUGGCAAAAGAAACAUUUUCAGGUUGGCGUAAUAUUUCGAAUUUAAUGGCUGAUAGAAUGAAACUUUUAUCAUUUUGUAUAAAUAGUAGGUAUAAAAAUUAUAAGCUAUAGAAAUUAUAAGUUUUCCCCAUAUAAAACGCAGCCUAUCCUUUAAAGUUACGUAUAUUUAAAGAUUAAAGUAUACAUGAAUAAACGUAUUGCAUACGUAAAUAGGCACAAUAAACGGCAAAAAUAGACAUCAUCUUCCUCAAUACAAGCUUUCAGUCUUUGCACAAUAUGUUUAGCUAUUUGAAGUUUGUGCUUAAACAUUUCUCGCAGCUUCUUCUGGCUUAAACUUUAAUUGUUCCAGAAUUCAAAGCUUUUUGUCAUAAGCCACUUCUUAAAGCUGGGUCCUAACGAAAAACUUUUGAUACGGUCGAGAAUAAAGCCCCUGUUGGCCGACGAAAUAAUGACUAAAACUUCGUGUACUAAAGUGUUUUUUCCAUUAAUAUAGUGCAAUGUUGAUUGAUCCUUUUCAAUUGUCCUCUUCCAAAAGUGCGAUAUGGUUCUGUGUUUAUGUUAGAGCAUUUCCUGAUAUUCGCGGGCCAUUUUCUAUUCUGAUGUUUUAUCUAAUUACAUAGCCAUUCAGAUCCUUCUAUUUUAUCCAGUUGCUUAUCAGUCUAAAUUGUUAUUUUGGGCUAUCUAUGACCAUUGAAUAGUCAGCUAUUAGAAGAAUUGUAGUGAGAAACAAGAAAUUUUUCUAAUUCAUAUUUAUAGAAUGCUAAUCAUUUGGUUGCAUUUUAUAUGGUGUAUAUGAUAUUUCACAUGCUGUUCAUUUUUUAUUUUAAUGGAACUUUUACAAUAUUGACGGAAGUAUAUACUUUUAGCACCGAAAGUGCAAUACCUUUUAAAUGUCGUAUAUUAUAAAUUGCAUUUUUAAAUACUUGGUCUUAAAGAAUUUUGCAUUUGAAUUACAAGGAAUUACUGAUGAUCAAAGCGAGCUUCAAAAAACAUUUUUAAGAUCAUAUACCAAAAGAUUCUUUGCAUCAUCUUUUAUAGCUAUUUCUAAUAUCGCCUCAAAUCGUUAACACCAUAAUGCAAAUGAAAUAUCGCCCCUUAUAGGGAAUAUUAGAUAUUUAUCCUUAAUAUGAAAAGGCAAAUUUAAAAUUAAAAUAUUUAAUGAAACCGAUGUUGAAAUUCAAUGCAAAAUGUUGCAUUUAGCACUUUGGAUUUAGAAUCUGGCUCAGGAAAUGAUUUUCUUAAUGACUUAAUGAAAUUUUCAUUCAUAAUUUAAUGCUCAUGGAUUCAAUUUUUUAUUAAUAAAUUUUAAAACAUUUAUUUUAAAAUUAAAAAUUUUUAAAAACCGUAACUUUGUAUUUUUUAAAGUUGAAUUUUUGCUAGUUACCAAAAUUAUCCUUUUAUGUUAAAAAAUUACUUUAAAGACUAAGUGAAAGCCAAAUUAAUUUGUUGCUUGUUUAUGUCAAAGUACGUAUAGACUAUCUUAUUAGCAGGAGAGAUUCCUUCGGAGGACAGACACUAAAGGAAACUGUCUCGUAUUCGUGUUAUAUAUGAGAAAAUCAACGUAAACAUCUAUUCAUCCACCCUUUCCACCCAGAUUCGAAUCCAGUCAAAUUACUAAGUAAUUUUUACGCAAAAGAAUUUUAACAAGACUUUUUAAAUUCCUUUUUGUUGCAUUUUUCUAUUUAAAUUUUAUACCCAUUGCUAGAAAAAGACAUCGUUUUGAAUUUGACAACAUUCUGAACCUAAAAUGUUUUAAAUAUUGCCAAACAUGAUAUCAAAUCAUUACAAUUAUCGGAUUUUAGCCAAUUAGAAUUUUCCGAUAUUAUUCAAAAAUCUUCUUUUAGAGUGCAUGUUAGCUGUAUAGCAGGCCGAAAAAAAUCCCAAUGCAAUAUACAUUCGACAACCUUAGCAGUGAGUGAUUACAGGUACAGUGAUCAUGAGCUUAAAUAUACAUGAGGCGAUUUAACUUGAAUUAUUUGAGAAAUAGUUUGGUGGCUAUGAUUCAUUAGAAAACGUCAUUGUAUGCUUUGAUGUUUUAAGUAUAUUCAAGAAAUCUUGCACUAAAUAGUGAAUAAUAUUUUCAAUACUAUUAGAAAGUCAUUAUAACAUCCUGCACCUUACCUAAUGAGAUAUGUAACUAGUAAUGAAAUUUUGCUCUAUGGGAGCAGUAUAAAAUGUUAGGCUUCACAGAAUGCCCCUCGACAGCGUUGAAAUACUUUUUUUUAUAUAAAAUUCGCUAUCGAAGUUUUAGAAUUUUUAUUCUAUACGUCUAAGACCAGUAUUUAAGGAAAUAAGGCCUGUAGCAAUGCUUUUAAAAUGUGCUAUACACGACGAUCGUAUGAGUAAGUAUACACUGAGAAAAAAUAUUUAGAAGGGAAGUAAACAUGAUUUUAUCAGAAGAUAUAAUAAGUGAAUGGAAAAAAAAAAAGUAUUUUCAAGUGAAGUGAAGCUUCAGUUCUAGAAUUUAAUUCGUUCUUAAGGACCGUUCAUCAUACAAAAUGUUCACAAGUCAUUUUUCGUCAAAGGAAUUCGUGUAAGACAGAUUAAUGCAUUCCUGAACCACAAAUAAUCGCUUAUUUAAAAUUUGCACUAGUAUUUUGCGUGCAAAUUUAUAGCACAAAAAAAAUUGAAGUCAUUAAAUCUAAGGCCCAGAAAAGUAAACACAGAAGAAAAUAGGUAAACUAAGUAAAAAUUUAAUUUUACUACGUUCAUAAGAAGGAGAGUGGAUAGCAUAAAUGGAAAGCGAUAAAGAAGACAGAUUUCUUUUUGUGGAUGAAAACUCUUGUUCCAUAAAAUCAUCAUGUAACUAAAAGUCUUUCUGAGAUAUAGUCUUUUAUCUUUCUGUCUUUUUUUUGGCUCUGAGCGCCAUUUGACGGAGGCUUGAGAUUAACUAAGCCUCCGUCUCACUCAAAAUAUUUUCAAUAUAAUUUGUUGUAGGUAUUUUAAAAGGGUCGUAAAUUGAGACGGCAUUGUCACUAAAGUGCUUUGCUGUAGCUUGUAAUUGGUAUAUUAGGGUGAUGUGAUCUCAAUUUUGCACAAAUUUCGCAGACCCAAAAGCUAGGUUUAUUUUACUUUGAUUCCUCUUUCUUUAGAGACACUUCCUCCACAAUUUGCUUUUAGAACCCCAAUUUUGUGAUCCACAUCUUCAUUUUUUAACUUCCAUAUUUUUGAUUUUUGCUAGAGACUUGUAUCCUAGGAACAAAAACCCCUUAGUGUUAAAGCCCUCAAAAUUUCUGCCUCAAAAUCUGUCCAUAAUUUCCUUCAGGCCAUAGUCAUAGAUAGUCCUGCAAAUCAUUUACUGCCAGGCUUUGUUGCUGAGAGCUAAGCAACGUAAGAUAUUAAAAUAGUGUUUCUAGAAAUUCCUAAGUGUCCAUUCUUUGUCAGAGGAUUACUUCAAAACACUAUUGAAAAUUAUUUGUUGCUGACUCGAGCUUUUGUAACUUGAGACCAAUAUUCGUUAUCCGAGACAGUUUUUUUUUUUUUUUUUUUUUUUUUUUUUUUUCCAGAUUGGUGAAUCGAUCUGUUUGUGAUUUGAAGCAUUCGUGAUCCGAGGUUUUUCUGUAUUUGGUUAAUAACAUGGAGCUUAAAAUGUGCCUUUAUUACUUGCUCAAAGUUUCACAAAAUUGUGGUACAACCAUUUUUGCUCUCAAUUUGUGAAAAGCGUCUUAUGUAAAUGGAGACAGACACAAAGUUAUUUAGAAUACCUGCACCGAGCAUUUCUUUUUGCAAGUCUUGGAUGACAAACUCUUCUACGGUCCUUUAUUCUUUGAUAAACAAAGUAUUUUUCUGGCGUAUACUAGAAAGUUUUGAUUUGGAAUCAAACUUCUUGUGAUACGGAACUUAUGUUAAAAAAAUAAUGGACUGAUAAAUUAUUUUCUAAUUAUAGUUUCGUUUUGAAGCCUUAGCUGUAAACCGCGGGAAUCCUGGAUUAAGAAAAUAAACAAGAGAUAUAUAUUAAUUUAUUAAUUCAAGAAAUUGUUUUAUUUUUUGGCUGUAGCUUAGUUUUCAGAAAUUUCAAUAAAAAUUCAAUAAAGUUUUGGCCUAAAGUAAAUAUUCAUCUGAAUUUCUUUUAAAGCUAUUUAUACCGGCUUUAUAUAAAUAGCUUUACCAGUACAAUGCAACUUUACAACGUGCUACUGAACGAAUUUAGCUUAGCUUUCUUUUAUUUAUUUAGCUUUUGUCGUCCUUAAAAUGUUUAAAAGUUUUAUAAAACUUUGAAGAAUUUAAUAAUUGAAGUAUGCAUUUAAAUUAUUCUUUGCUUCAUCCAAGUUAUUUCUGUAACUAUCUUUAAUAAAUUUUUAUUUUUAAUUA